AUUAGCAAUGGAGAGCGCCUGGGAGAGCCGAGGAUAGAGAAAACGAAACAGAGAAGGCUGGACUUGCUGCUUGUGGGCGGGAGCUCCGUUACCGCCCCGAGCUGAGAGCAACGAGCAGAGACCACUGCGGAGAGCUGCCAGCACCAGGGAGAUCCUUUUUCCACCACUGUGGUGAACUGGCACUGGAGGCAGAUAUCGCUGUGAUGGUUUUCCUGAGCUGUGCCAUGAUGAGCAGUGUGGGCUCAGGCUUCAGCCAGUGCUGCCUGUGGAGACACUAGAGCUGAGGGAGCGCAUGAAGAAGGUCCAUCCAUCACACCUAGAGCAGCCAUCCCAAGAGUGUAGAGCUGCAGAAAGAGCUCAUCCCUUGGAGUGGUUUGAAAGAGCCUGCAGGGCAUUACCAUGUUAACCCAACUGCAGGCAGCCAUCACAGGCUACCUGUUGCUGAUUUUGCAGGUGUCCUUUGCUAUGGUGGAAAUCACAGAAAAAAGAUACGCAGUGGAAGGAUCUUCCAUACUGAUGCACGCGCCGGAUAUCAAGAAUAUCAGCUUCAUCCAGUGGGAAUACUUGAGCCCCACCAGCUCCGCAUUAAUCCUGCAGCACUACGCAGAUUCCCAGUCUCUCACCAUUUACCCAGCGUACCAAGGCAGAGUGACUUUCUACCAGAAGAAUGGCUCAAUUCUCCUGCAGGGGUUAGAAGAGACAGACAGCGGCACCUAUAAAGCGACAGUUGAUCUGAUGCAGGAUAAAGCUAGGACAACCCUCCUUAAAGUUAUCAAGCCUGUGCCCCAGCCUGAGCUCCAGUGUACUUCAAACCUGGCAGGUUCGCCCAUCGAGCUGGUCUGCUUGGUGCCAGAGGGAGUAGAGGUUUUUUCCAUCUCCUGGAAGAAGGAUGGACGUCCCCUUCCUGCUGAAAAGUGCUAUCUGCUCUCUGAAAACAUCACUGUGCUGUGGAUAAGGAAUGGAGAGAAGUCAGACUGUGGCACCUACUCCUGCAACAUCAGCAACAUGAUAAGCUGGAAGGAGGCAACUCUGAAUCUGAUGGUGACAGGUCUCACACCUCCUCUACACCACGCACAGAGGCUGGUCAUCGUCGCGCUGAUGUUCACCACUGUCUCUGCUAUCAGCUUCAUUAUCCAGCUCUUUCACAGGUUCGAAGAAGCAAGGAAACCCAUAAUUCUGUUUGCCCAUGGAUUUUUGUGCAUCUCCUCUCUCCUUCUGCUUGCUGCCUCCAUCAUCUGGAUGCUGGAAGAAGGUUUUUCUGCUGCCUUCAUCUUGCUUGCCCUGUUCUGCCUUGUUGGGGUGAUAGGAAGUACCGAGGUUGCAGCAGCAGCAGUGAGACCAGAAUCUCCAAGAUACUGCAAAAUCGAAAUAUGGCACAAAGUCAGCCAGAAUUCUACAGCCCCCACAACGCUGAUCGUCAACUUGUUGUUCACCACCCUUUUGCUCCACAAUGUCCAGAAGCUCCAUGAGCGAGGCUGCUCAGAGGCUGUUCAUCUGACAGCCAGCUGUGGCUUUGCUGCUGUAGCAAUCUUCAUCGUGCUGCUGCUCCUUCUCCUGUGGUAUCACAGGAAUAAGCCAAAAGAGAAGAUGACGAAUAUCACGCGUUUCACCCAGAGCACACAAGACACAACCAGCCCGGUGCUGGAAGAAACCCGAGGACAGAAGCAGGAAGAGGAGUAAAGGAUCGUCCCUUCACCAGCUGGGGUAGAGCCCCAUAGAGCUGGGAAGCUGCCAUCAGCUGAAACAAGGCGUCUGUAAGAUCUGCCUCUACCUUGACACCAACGAGACAAGGCUUUUAGCAAAGAUCUUGCCAAAACGCUGCCCCCAGGUCCCUAAGCAAUAGCUCCAGGUGACAAGUGAUAUGUCCUCCCUCCACUUUCCCUGCCCUCUAUUCAUAAAACCAAGGCUAAGAGAAAAUACGAGCAUCGCUCUUGCUAACACUGGCCAUCACCCCAGCAGGGGCAGCUUUUCCAUGAGCCAGAAGUUGUACCUGGGACCAAGCUGGAGCUUAACCAGCCUCACUAACACUGCCACACCACAUGCCUUCUUUUUUUUUAUUACAUUAAUAAGUCAACAAACAAAAAAAGCCCAAAAGUCAUGUAAAUGUCAAUAAAGGGGAAAAGCUGA